AUGGUUCUGAAUGUUCUCUGUCAGUGUGAUGUUUCGACCUCAGCGUUUCAUCUGGAUGGUGAUUAUAUGAUCGGGGGCCUUUUUGAUGUUCACUCUGUCACUGAGGCUGUUUCUCAGGACAGACCGGAAGCCAUCGACUGCUCCAGUCAACCUUUUGUCAUAUCAAACUAUCGGAGGUUCCAGUUAAUGAGAUUCUCUGUUGAGGAGAUCAAUAACUCCACCAGCCUCCUGCCAAAUGUGUCCCUUGGCUAUGACAUAUUUGACCAAUGCUCAGUUGCGCAGAAUUUCCCAGGUAUGUUUAACCUGAUCUCUGUGAACGAUACAAUCCAGCCUUGGGAUGAACCGCACGGGGAUCCAACCAAAGUGUCGAAAAUGAUCGCAGUGGCCGGGCCUUUUUCAAGCACGGAAACUCGGACUAUAUAUCCACUGUUAAUGAUGAAUUUCAUUCCUCUGGUCAGUUAUGGAGCUGCUAGUUCUUCCCUUUCAGAAAAACUGAAAUAUCCCUCCUUUCUCCGAACAGUGCAUUCCAAUAAAGAUAUGAUUGAAGGGAUUGUCACUAUUUUGCUGCACUAUAACUGGCGCUGGGUUGCUUUCAUUAACAGUAACGAUGAUUACGGAUAUGACGGCCGGGAUCUGUUUGUGAAACGAAUUAAAGAUACAGACAUCUGCCUGGCUUAUAGCAAAGAGCUAAACCACAACACAAACAUCUCCCAAGUGUUCCAGCAGAUAGAGGAGCAGGGGGCACGUGUCAUUAUCGCUUAUGUUCCUGAAAGAACCGCUGAAACGCUCAUCGGCUCAGCGAUCCAGCUGAAUGUCACAAAGAAGGUGUGGAUAGCGGUGGAGGCCUGGUCCUUAAACAAGAACCUUCUGAGGGACGAACGAAUCCAAAAUAUUGGGACUGUACUCGGGGUGUCACAGCCAGUGGUGAACAUCCCAGGCUUUGAUGAGUUUAUCUAUUCCACAGUAGAACACAUGUAUUGUGAAAACCAAGACCAACACUCUUGCAAUCAGGUUUGCAACUGCAGUGAUGUGAGCCCAGAACAAAUCGCUGAUGCUGACCCAUCUUACUCUUUUCCUGUUUACUCGGCCAUAUAUGCCAUCGCACAUGCCUUACACAAUACGUUGCAAUGUGGAAGUGGAGGAUGUCAAAGGAACGUUACAGUGGAACCAUACAUGGUACUGGCAGAACUGAAAAAGUCAAACUUCACACUUUUAGACCAGGUCAUUCAGUUCGAUGGGAACACUGACCCCACAUUUGGAUCAUAUUCCAUUGUUUUCUGGAACCAAAGUGGUGAAGCAGAGGAAGUUGGAUAUUACACAUUUUACCCUUCUAUCAUUUUUUCUAUCAACACCACCAAAAUCCAGUGGUUCACAAAUGGAGACAUCCCAACAUCACUCUGUUCCAAAGAGUGUCGAGCUGGAUAUUCGAAAAAGCAAGAUGGAAUCCACACAUGCUGCUUCAACUGUCUGAUCUGUCGAAACGGAACUUACAUCAACACCACAGAUGAUCCAUUUAAUUGUGUCGCCUGUAAGGAGACAGAAUGGUCUCCGGCAGGAAGUACGUCCUGUAACCUUCGAGUGGUGGAGUUCAUCCCGUUGACUGACAUAUGGGCUAUUCUCAUCAUGAUUGUGACCUGGGUCUUCGUGGGAUUCACCGCAGCUGUGUUCGUGCUCUUUGCCAUCAACUACAACACACCUAUUGUCAGAUCAGCUGGAGGACUGAUGUGUUUCCUGAUUUUAGGCUGCCUCGUUCUGUGUAGUACGAGUGUGUUCUUCUAUUUCGGAGCUCCAAGUGUUUCUUUCUGUAUUAUGAGGUUUCUACCAUUCCUACUCUUCUACACAGUCUGUCUGGCUUGUUUUGUUGUGCGAUCUUUUCAGAUUGUUUGCGUCUUCAAAAUGGCUGCUAAGUAUCCCACGCUGUACAGCUGGUGGAUGAAAUAUCAUGGACAGUGGCUGUUCAUUUCAGCGGCAUUUCUGACUCAGGCACUGUUACUUACUUUAGGGAAUUCGUUGUCACCUUCCAAACCUUUCAAUGACACACAGUCGUACCAUGACAAAAUCAUUCUAACCUGUGACAUCAAUCUCCCGUCAUGCCUGAUUCCUGGGAUUUUCCUGUUCUCUUUGUGUUCACUUUGCUUUAUUUUCUCCUACAUGGGAAAAGACCUUCCGAAGAAUUAUAAUGAGGCCAAAGCCAUAACCUUCUGUCUGCUCCUGCUGAUUCUCACCUGGAUCAUCUUUGCUACUGAAUCCAGCCUUUACCGUGGGAAGCACCUUCAGACUCUUAACGCUCUGGCAGUACUGUCCAGCCUCUACUGCUUCCUGUUGUGGUAUUUUCUCCCCAAAUGUUACAUAAUCAUUUUUGAACCCAACAAAAACACACAACAGCACUUUCAGGGUCUCAUUCAGAGUUAUACUAAAACUAUUAGCCAGUAA